GUUGCAGCAAAGGUUGAUAAUUAAUAACAGUGAGAAGAAACGCCUACUAGUUUACAUGGGACAUGGGAUCGACCAAUCAAGAAGGGAUAGGCUGAUCAUCGCAAAUGGUGGUGGUCACGUCAGGAGCGUUGCGCUUUAAGAUUUUAAAUUUCUCGGGUAGUUUUUCCAUUUUUUACUCAUUACUACUCGUAUGUUUAUAGAGACAAAUCUAAAAUGACGCUUAAGGUGGUAUUCUGUAUCAAUAUCAAAAGCGAUAUUUGACUCACAUGCAUAUACCCUAUUACAAAGAGCCAUUCACAUGCUACACACACCAGUAUUAACCGUGGUCUAUCAAGUCACUAUUUACUGAUAAAUCUGUUAGUAGAUUCCUAAGUUGGUUAUUUAACAUGCUUUUAUUUUUUACAUCGAAGCAGCUGCGCAGGCACAAGCCUUUAAAUGCUAGAGCACCGCGACUCCUAUGAGGAGCUUAAAGAAACUUUGUUAAUCCAAUUUUUGAACUGUCUAAGGUUAAUCGACUGGAAAAAACUCCUCGUGUAGGCUGCUCCACAAUUUCGAUACCGCAGGGACAAAGGAGUGGUCGUAUCGGCCAGUUGGAAUGUACGAAGUUCGACACGGUUAGCGAAUGAUUUAGAUAGCCACUACAGUUUUGUUGGUUUUGUCGUGAAUGCUGCCUGUAUACAACAUGUGCUAUCAUACGUUUGGCUCACGCGUUUGACUACAUACGGUAAACAUGAUCAUAGCCUUACAAAGAGUACUAUGAAAGUUUUGCAAUACAGCUUUAUUUAUUGACUUCGUUCAAAGUAAUUUACUCUAUGACUCUAGGCAGGCACUGUUCCGUGUACCACUUAGCUGUGACUGUCUUCUGUGUGUCCACAAUCCACAAUUCCGCUCGAUUUGAAAAAUACAGCUAUCAUUUUUUUCUUAACAAAUCGGGAUUUUCUGACAGCUGCGGGUGUGUGCUUAUCAUCAAAGACCCAAACUUUGUUUUAAGCCUUGGUCGGCACAUCGCAAUGAUAGAUCCAAGUCUCGCCACCCGUUACGAUGCUGUUCAAACCACUUCAUGUUAGUCUUGACGUCAUGAGCUUGGAUGUUUCACACACGUUUUACGAAUCACGAUACAAGGUGGUGAUCUGGGUCAAACCUCUUAUCUAUGGUUGUGUGGUUUGGUCUUGUGACAUGUUAAUUUGUCAACUGAUGUCAACUUGAUUUCCCGCCAAUUUUAUCCCUGUGUUCUGUGUUCAUGUUUUAAUAAAUUUGUUUUAAUUUGUGUUAAAUGUGUUAACAGUGUUGUUGCAUUUACCUGUAUUCUUAGACCUUAGACCUAUUAAUCGAAUUUAUUUUGUUGGUAACAGUUUUACCCAAACCCGUUCAUCAAUAUGUCGCGAAGGGAUGAAGAUUCACCAAUGCCAACUCCAAGAUCGAACAUGUCAUCACCUGAGCCCGAUUUGCCUGCAUUUGAGGAUGAAGGGGCCCUCUUAGGCGACAUUGAUGAUGGAGAUAUUGAAGAAGAUGGAGAAGAAUUAUUUGGAGAUAAUAUGGAAAAUGAUUAUCGUCCUAUGCCUCAUCUGGAUCGUUACGAUGAACGCAUUGUGGAUGACGAUGAAUAUGAACAACUUUCUGUGGGCGAGAGAUUGGCUGCAGAAGAAGAAAUGCGUCGAAGGGAUAGGGAAAUGGGCAUUUUGCGUAGGGAUGAUAGAGAAAUCUUCUAUGAGCGGGAUGAUGAUGAGGAUCCAAGACUGAAAAGAAAAAGAGCUGAAAAAGCAGCAGCUGGUGAAGAAGCUGACGAUGAGGAAAUGAUUGAAUCCAUUGAAAACUUGGAAGAUACCAAGGGUUACACAAUCAAAGAGUGGGUGGUGAUGAUGGGACCAAGAACUGAAAUUGCUAACAGAUUCAAGAAUUUCUUGAGAACAUAUGUGAAUAGUAAGGGCCAGUAUGUCUACAAAGAAAAAAUCAGGCGAAUGUGUGAAAAUAAUCAGUCUAGUUUCACGGUAGAGUUUCCAAAUUUGGCCAACAAGGAGCACGUUUUAGCAUAUUUCUUGCCAGAAGCACCUUUCCAGAUGUUAGAAAUAUUCGAUGAGGUUGCUAAGAUAUUGUUCUGUCAAUGUACCCCAGUUAUGACAGGGUAACCACUGACAUACAUGUAAGAAUCGCCGAUUUGCCUUUGAUUGAGGAGUUGAGGACCUUCAGAAAACUUCAUGUGAAUCAACUAGUGAGGACCAUUGGUGUGGUGACAGCCACUACCGGUGUUCUACCACAGCUUUCUGUUAUAAAAUUUGAUUGUAAUAAGUGUGGAUUCGUUUUGGGUCCUUUUGUUCAAACCCAAGAUUCUGAAGUGCAGCCAGGAGUCUGUCCUGAGUGUCAAAGUAGAGGUCCCUUCAUGAUCAACAUGGAGCAAACGCUUUACAGAAACUACCAAAAAAUAACUCUACAAGAAUGUCCAGGUCGUAUCCCUGCAGGUAGGGUACCUAGGUCAAAAGAUUGCAUCUUAUUGGCGGAUCUUUGUGAUCGCUGUAAGCCUGGUGAUGAAGUAGAUAUAACAGGCAUUUACACCAACAGCUAUGAUGGAUCUCUUAACACUGAUAACGGAUUUCCGGUGUUUGCAACAGUGAUUUGUGUCAAUCACUUGGUGGUGAAGGACUGCAAGCAGAUAGUACAAUCUUUGACAGACGAUAAUAUUAAUUCAAUAAUCAAGAUGAGCAAAGAUCACAGAAUAGCAGAUAGAAUUAUAGCAAGUAUAGCACCAUCUAUAUUCGGCCAUGAUUACAUCAAAAGAGCGUUGGCAUUAGCUUUGUUUGGUGGACAAGCAAAGAAUCCUGGAGAUAAGCACAAAAUACGAGGCGAUAUAAAUGUCUUAAUCUGCGGAGAUCCAGGUACAGCAAAGUCCCAAUUUUUGAAGUUUGUAGAAAAAAUAGCCCCAAGAGCUGUUUUUACUACUGGUCAAGGUGCCAGUGCUGUCGGUUUAACAGCUUAUGUCAGAAGGAACCCUACUACCAGAGAAUGGACACUGGAAGCUGGCGCUUUGGUAUUGGCUGACCAGGGUGUAUGUCUGAUUGAUGAGUUUGAUAAGAUGAAUGAUCAAGACAGAACCUCUAUCCACGAAGCGAUGGAGCAACAAUCCAUAUCUCUAUCAAAAGCGGGCAUAGUGACCAGUCUCCAAGCACGUUGCUCGGUCAUAGCAGCUGCAAAUCCUAUUGGGGGUCGUUACGAUCCCAGUAUGACAUUCGCACAAAACGUCAAUCUUUCCGACCCUAUUUUGUCCCGGUUCGACAUUUUGUGUGUGGUUAGGGAUGAAGUGGAUCCUAUUCAAGAUCAACAUUUGGCAAAGUUCGUUGUUGACUCUCACAUUCGGCAUCACCCCGCCAAAAAGGGAUCUGAUGAUUUUGAAGAGACGACAAAUGAGCUCCAAAUACCACAAGACGUUUUGAAAAAGUAUAUUGUUUAUGCUAGAGAAAAUAUACAUCCCAAGCUACAGAAUAUGGACCAGGACAAAGUCGCUAAUAUUUAUACGCAGUUAAGGCAAGAAUCGUUGGCGACAGGGAGUCUUCCAAUCACAGUGCGUCAUGUGGAAAGCAUAAUCAGGAUGAGUGAGGCUCAUGCUAGAAUGCAUUUGAGGGAGUAUGUCCAAGAAGAUGACGUCAACAUGGCUGUGAGAAUGAUGUUGGAAAGCUUUGUUGAAACCCAAAAAUACAGUGUCAUGAAAUCGAUGAGACAGGUGUUCCAGAGGUAUCUGACCUUUAAAAAAGACCACAGUGAAUUGUUGUUCUACAUCCUUAGACAGCUGGCACAAGAUCAACUCGCAUUCCAAAGAAGUACUUCAGAAGUGGAUAGUAUCACAAUAGAAAUAGACGAGAAAGAUCUAAUUGAUAAGGCUAAGCAGUUGGAUAUUCAUGAUGUGAAAACGUUCUACCAAAGCAAAAUAUUUGAAAACAACAAUUUCGUUUAUGAUGCCAGGAGAAAAGUCAUCAUUCAUACCUUACCAGAGACGAUUACGGAGGAUUAAUAUUCUACUCAAUCCAGUUUUAUAUUUAAGUCUUUUCAAAUCAUUAUUUUAUUUAUAAAUUUUUUACAGUUUUUCUGAGUAAUAUAACUUGGAAUAUUAAA